CGUAAAGCAUCGUGCCCGUUGAUCAACCGCAUCUCUUAUACUACGUUCCUGCUUGUAUUUUCCCCGCUCCACCUUCCUCGUUAUGGCUCUACCCCAAGCGUCAUGUGAGCAUCUGAUUGCUCUUUGCCAAGCCAAGACCCACGAGCAGCUGCUUUGUGAGCUUCAACAAUCUGCGACCGCCCAAAUUGCCCUGAGCGAGGAGGUCAUCAUGGUCAUGCCAGGGGAGGAUAGGGAGAUAAAGCAGCUCAACCUUCAGCGCAUGCUCGAAGCCGCGGCUUACGCGGGGCGUGCGGACACAGUCGAGUGCCUCCUCGAUUUCGGCCAGCAAUACGGCGUUGCCGUGCCCCAUCUGCUCACACCUUGGGCCAAGUGGUGGACACUAUCCUCCGCCAAUGCUCUUGAGGUCCUGCUGAAGUUUCGGGCACUCGACGCCGACGUCUUUGUACGUGCCUUCCGGACUGGUCCUGUGCGAGUCCAAAUCAUAUCUUUCGCAUGUACUGGGGGUCCCAAUAGUGAAGACCCGCCCUGCAAGGCGUUUUUACCGCUUGUACGACAUCUGAUGAAGAUCGGGUGUGACCCCAAUACGCCAAUAUGGAGGUUCGAAGAUCACCCGGGUUAUCUGCUGUACAGAGCCUGUUGGACGGCUUGUUACGAAGUUGUGGAGUGUCUCCUACAGCACGGCGUGUUGGUCAAGGGGUCAAGAGCGGCGCGUCCGGCUGCGCGAGAUGGCCGGGUCGAUGUACUCGAGCUGUUGCUUCGCUAUGGAGCUGACAUGAACGAAUGCUUUCCCGGGAAAGACCUCACCGAGCCGCAAGGGACCGCGCUCCAUGCGGCCGUUGCGUCGAACCAGACUGCCACCGUUGAAUGGCUGCUGCAACAUGGGGCAGAUGCCGGCAUCCGCAAUGUCGAUGGGAAGACUACGGCCGACUACAUACCUGAAGACGCUGAUGAGGCUUUGAGAACACUCAUGGGAGGGGGUUAGCGGGCGCUUCGACGGUAUUUUCCUUGUCAUAGCCCUCCUCCGGCGUCGGUCUAUUCACGCUCCCGCUCCUUGCCAUCUUACCCUCGUUCAACCACUGUUUAGACUGACAGUCAGCCAAAUAAAUACACUGGACGUAUGUGUCAAGUCCCUACCCGUACUCCGCGACUUAGACUCGUCCCUAGCGCCCCAGGACAGGGUUUGGAGACUUACAUCUAUGAUCAAUACUGGAUAGUGCUGGGCGCGAGUGAUUUGCUGGUAUAAAAGACACUGGCGGUCUAGGGCUGUAUGCCCGCUGCGGUCGUGUGGGUUACUUCAUUAUACUUGGUUUAUUACAAAGUACUCGAUUACUUAAAGCAGCUAGGCAAGACAUCGGCACGUGAUCGGGUUGGAGCGGUCCUGCGAUGAGUCAGCUGCUUGGCUCGACGAUA